AAUGGGUUAAGUCCAUAUUCUGAUUUUCACAGAAACUGACAUGUCGUCAGAGUCCAAUCAUCGACAGAGGACUGAAACAAUGGAUGUGUUUUUAAAGAAGGAACAGCAACUUUAUCAUGGAGUACGCUAAACGUUGGAGGACUGCCAGUCUCUUUAAACCAAAUCAAUCAUAGUUAUUCAAAAACGCCAUCGUUCUACGCUCAAUUUUGAAUUCAACAGGUGUUUUACGGCCUAGAUUGUGCGUUGAUUAAAACGGAUAUAUAAGAAUUAUGAGUUUUGCGCAGAAUAUUGCAAUCCGCCUUGCCUUCGUGCUGUUAAUUAUAAUUACUAUGGUCAAAACUGCAAAAAUCAACAGAAACUGUACAGCAGAUUGCACGUGUGAAAUAAUUGAGGAGUCUUAUUUAAGGAAUAUCCUCGUAGUGGAUUGCGGGAAAAGGGACACCAUAUCAGAGAUUCCCAGACUUGACCCAGAUCUUAUGGCCAAUGUCACCGAACUGUCCAUCGAGAAACAAUCAAACUUUACUCAUCUAGACAACACGACCCUUCAGUACUAUACAAGUCUGGAAAGAUUACUUAUAGAAGACUCGGGACUGACGCGAAUCGAUCCCAACGCCAUCAAACCAAAUAAACAGCUCAAAACUCUGUUUCUGAGACGCAACAAGUUAUCUAAUGUCUCCUGGCGAAUCAUUGAAGGAUUGCCCAUCCUCAAACUGUAUUUAAACGACAAUCCAUUGCCGUGCAACUGUUCCUCUAGGUGGAUCCAGGAAAUUCAGAGGAACCAGAAUCACCUGUUAGGCUCAGCUGAAGACUUGAAGUGUCUGGAAAGCAACGGGGAACUACGCACUCUCAGGACCGCUAAUCUUAGGGGCUGUGUCUUGCCGUCAGUUGACAUUGAACCGAAAAAACCCAUCAUUAAUGAGAGUAGUCAAUUAGUCAUCACCUGUAAGGGGAGAGGCGAGCCUAUGCCCACGGUCUCAUGGGAUACACAGCAUCUGACGUCACCAUUCAACGUCACGUCACGUGACGGGGGUAGCACGGAAGAUUUGAUCAUCCUGAGCGCCAACGGCAGCGACUCCGGGUGGCUGACCUGCAGUGCGCGAAGUGUGGCCGGGAAAACCUCGAAUAGCAUGCUGUUGGGGGUGAAUUCUGCCCCUAAGAUUCUCGUUUUGAAACCUCCUCAGCUGAGGUUUCACUACUGCAUUCAGUUUGAGGUAGCCGGGUAUCCUAUCCCAAAGUUAUCGUGGUUACACAACGGACGGACACUGAUGAAAAAAUCUACAGUGUACACCUAUUACUCGGAACAGCCAAAUCUGAUAUAUAAAACAACGGGCUGUCUAAUAUUUGAGAUGAAAAACGCCAAAAACAAUGGUAUCUACACUUUAAUUGCCAAAAAUGACUUUGGAUUGGAUAAAAAGACGGUGAAAGCAGAUUUCAUGGUCGGUUCAGCUGCUGUAAGCGGGCCUGCACAGGGAUCGUUCCUAAAACCCAAACUCCCGGGGAGAAGGAAUAUGAAUCCAAUUCUACCUUUCCAGAAGAAUAUUAAGGAACAAGAACCCCCUGCCACUACUUCGGUAAAAAAAGAGGAAUCGUCGGCCGUGUACGUCGCCAUUGGAAUCUCAGUUUUUGUUUUCGUUGCCGUUUUAUUUGUGAUUGUUUCCUUAGUCGUUCGCCAUUAUCGUCAGAAAAUCACACGUCACACUCAUCACGUGACAUUUGCCUCCAAUAGUUCGCAGCGUCCUUUGCUCAACUCGGACAACCAUAUGCCACAAAAAACACAACCACACCAAAUGACCGUGAUGCCGCUUACGUCCUUGAAAAUAGUAGAAAAUCCGGCAUAUCAAACAAAGAAUCCUAGUUGUGGAAGUUUCUCAAUUUCAUACAUCAAACGAGAAUCAAUUGAGUUUUUGCGAGAGUUGGGAGAGGGCGCUUUCGGACGUGUGUUCCUUGGGGCCUGUAGAGACCUGACAUCACCUGGUGAGGUUACCAUGGUAGCCAUAAAGACUUUGAAGGAAGCGGCAAUGGACGACGCGAAAGUUAACUUUGACAGAGAGGCCGAGCUGUUGGCUACUCUGUUACACGACAACAUUGUCAUGUUCUAUGGCGUCUGUAUUGACAGCGAUACCUCUAUGAUGGUAUUUGAGUACAUGGAAAAUGGUGAUCUGAAUAAUUAUCUUAGAUGUCAUGGGCCCGACGCCAAAUUCCUCAGCAAAAGUGCAGUACUCGUGAAGCCGCUGUCCAAAAUCGAACUGCUUCACAUCUCUAAUCAGAUCGCAAACGGAAUGGAAUACCUGGCAUCCCAGCAUUUUGUACACAGAGACUUGGCGACCAGAAACUGUCUGGUCGGCGACAAAAUGAUAGUCAAAAUCGGUGACUUUGGCAUGUCACGUGACGUUUACAGUACAGACUACUACAGGGUUGGCGGAUCCACAAUGCUCCCUGUGAGGUGGAUGCCCCCCGAGUCCUUGUUAUACCGAACUUUCACCGUGGAGUCGGAUGUCUGGAGUUUUGGUGUGGUAUUAUGGGAAAUAUUUACAUACGGGAGACAACCUUGGUAUGAGUUGUCAAAUCAUGAGGUGAUACAUUAUGUUACAAAUGGAAGCACGCUACAGCCUCCCGGAACUGACGUAUGUCCAGAGGAAGUGGCGAAGUUAAUGGCCGCAUGUUGGAAACGGCAGCCUCACGACCGUUUAUCUAUAAAGGAACUCCACUACAAACUUGAUAGGAUAUGUAUGUCACAACCAACCUAUCUGGAUCUGAUUGCAUGAAACUGGCGUCAGCCUAUUCUAAGCUUUAGUCACUUUUCCCGUAUGUGGCAAAGAUGCAUCACUUCCGGUGUGUUCGAUCAGUUGUUCAUAGCUUCCGACUAUUAUAGGCUUACUAUCUGAUGAAAAAAUUCCUCGCCAAUUACAUGGUGGGAAAGGGUAAUCAAUAUGAUUUGAUCCAUAUUUCACAGGAAUAUAACGAAAGCUUUGCUCUGGGUGAAGGCAAAUUAAGAAAUGCAUGGUGAGCUUGAUGUGUAUAAGACGGAAUUUGGGAUCACCAGUAAAGGGUUGUUUUGAAAACGGGUCAUAUAAUUGUGUUAACACGGGAGACUUCUACACAUCAUGUAUUUUGUUAAACACAUUAUGUUUCCUGCUGCUGUUAUAUUUUAUAUUUUUAGAAAGGUUGUCAUUGCAAUAUACAUGCUAUUGUUUCGUAGUUCUUAGACUGAUUUAAGAACUGCGACUCCAUAGGUCAAACUGAUUAAUAUUUUAGAGCGGAAACUGCAGAAGAAGGAAAACAAAUCCAACAAAUGCUGUUUAACGGUUCGUGCUUAAGAAAUCUAAUUUAAUACAAAAUAUAAACAAUAAGUAUUCUCAAAUGUAAUUUUGAACAUAAUAAGGUAUCGACACCUAUAAAUGUACAUGUGGAUGAUUAUAUCUUUUUAUAGUAGAUGUAUGGAAGUUUCAUCAAACCAUUUAAUAGAAUGAUUUAUAUAUGUUUUUCACUCUUCAAUAGUUAAAAUACACAAAGAAGGUACUGAGCAAUGAAAUACCUGUUCAUGACAAUACUAUUUUUAUUACAAAACAACGAUAGAUCUGAAGCUAGACUUUGUUAA